GCGGAAGUCCAGGGCCGGCGGCGCGAUGGCGGCGGAAGGGGAUGUGGAGCUGGAGCUGGAGACGGAGCCGAACGGGGCCGGCGGCGGCGCGGACGGGGCCGGGGGGCGGCCGGCUGAGAAGCCCCGGAAACACGACAGCGGCGCCGCGGACCUGGAGCGGGUCACGGACUAUGCGGAGGAGAAAGAGAUUCAGAGCUCGAACCUGGAGACGGCCAUGUCAGUGAUUGGAGACCGGCGAUCCAGAGAGCAGAAAGCAAAACAAGAGAGGAGCUGGACCUCCUGGUGGCCACUUCAGGCACAGUGCAGUCCACAUUGCCAGGACAGGCAGGAAGCCUCUGUGCGCACCCUGGCUGCGCUGCUGACCAGGAGCUGUCGGAGGUAAGUCCAUGCCCCAGCCCUAAGCCCCACCACAAACCUGGAGCCCUGAACCCCCCCAGCCCAUAGCCCUGACCCCAUCCUGCACCCCAAGCCCCAGCCCUGAUCCCCGCACAAACCCAGAGUCCCUCCUGCACCCCAAAUCCCUCAUCCCUGGUCCCAGCCCAGAGCCCUACACCCCUGCCCCAGCCCAGAGCCCCCUCCCACACCCCGAACCCCUCAUUCCUGGCCCCACCCUGCAGCCCUCACCUCUGCACUCCAACCCUCUGGCCCAGCCCUGAGCCCCUCCCAUACCCCAAACCCUUCAUCCCAAGCGCCGUUGGGUCAUGGGCAUCAACAAUUUUCUUCAACUGGGUCCCCAGGAAAAAAGUUUGAAAACCACUGGCCAUGGGGACCAAGGUAGUUUUGCUGGCUAAACUUCUUGCCUGUCCAAGUCCAGUCUCAGGACUGGUGGCUUUAUGCUUUGGCAAGGAGUUGCCGCAAGCUUUCUGAUUGUUCUUUACAGUUGUGACUGAGUUGGUCUGGAAAAGGGGGUCUGGAGCCUGUUGUUGGUGCUUUAUGUUCUGAUUCCUUUUGUUACAGGGAAAAAGAACUUGCAAAAGUUACAAUAAAGAAAGAAGAUUUGGAA